AUGGUCUUGAGAUGCCCUAAAUUCGGCAGUGCCGAAAGGGCCCCAGGAGUAGGAGAAGCUGCGACUGCUCAGAAAUAUGUGUAUGUGCAGGAGUUACCGAACAAAAUGGUGCUGAUUAUGCGUCAAGCGUCUAAUUAUUCAGGAUGCUUCGCUCAACUGGAAAUGCUCCUGCGUGCAUACGCGAGGUGCAUAUCCUGUGCUACUUUCUUUAACCUCUGGGUAAACGUACUCCCCCAUUGCGGAAAGAAGUACAGACAGUUCAAGCAAUCGGCGGUAGAAGCCCAUGCAGAAAGCCUGGAUUGGGAGCUCUUCAUUAGAUUAGAACCCAUGUCGGCUUUCUACAUAGGCUUCUCUGCCCUACUGCUUCAAAAAUGUGUACUUUUGUCCGCAGUUGGGGAGUGUGGUUACCCAGAAGUUAAAGAAAUCAACACGGGAAAUGCUUCUCGCGUAAACGCUCAGGAGCAUUUCCUGCUGAGUAAAGCACCAUGA